UAAUUAAUUUUAAACAAAAAAACAAGAAAGGAUUAUAAGUGUAUUAAUUACAUAGCAUAAAAAUAAAUGAGCAAAGAAUUAGAAAGCUAGUAUUUAAACUAAUUAGAAAGGAUAAUCAAUCUUAUUAAUGGUAAUUAAAAUGAAAAAAAUAAAGAUAAUCUAGAAGAUAUCAAAUAGUUUUUGAGCCAGCACUACUUAUAUUUGAGUAAAGUAUUCAGAAAUUUGGAAUAAAAUGAUUUAGAAAGCUUCAUAAAAGGAUUUAAGUGCUCAAUUUACGUUAAAGACUAAUUGAUUGAAGUACAGGGAAUUUAAUCAUCAAGGUUAGGAAUCAUUAUGAAAGGAAAAGUUAAGAUUUAAAGCAGCAACAAUGGAAAGAAAAAAUAAUAUCAUGAAAAUAAAAUGGUUUUAAGGCCUGGAGAUAAAAUUGGUGCUGAAUCAAUGCUACUAGAAAAGGCUAAUUUAUUUAGCUUAAUUGUUGAGACUGAAGAAUUAGUUCUACUAGAAAUAGAGAAGUAUUUUUUUGAUAGAUGCAUACGCUAAUUAGAAUCAGAAAGACUAGAGUCUAAUAUUGCUUUUUUAAAAUCUACAUAAUUAUUUAAACAUAUUACAAAUGACUCAAUUUUAACUAUGAUCCUUUAUAAUUCAGUGAAAAUAUCAUUUUAAAACAAUGAAGUUGUUUAUUCGUAAGACUAAGCUUCAUAUGCAAUAUAUAUCGUCUUGCAUGGAAAAUUUUAGGUUUAAUAGAGGUUUUAAGAUGACACUGAUUAAUUUAUGGAUCAAGUCUCGAUUUGUAGUGAUAAUUAAGAAGGUACACCAAAUUUAAGAAAAUAGUAAAGCUUGGAUCAGAGCAGCUUUUUCAGCAACACAACUACUUUGAAAAUUAGGACUGUAGAAACUUAUGAAAUAUUUGGUGAAGAAGAAAUAAUGGAUAUGAGACAACGGAAUUCUACAGUAGUUUGCUUGCAAGAUUGUAGUGAAGUAUUAGUAAUACGUCCAGUAAUUUAUAAGUCAUGCAUUCUAAAAGAUGAUGCUGUGAAAAAAAAAUUAGUUGAAUUAAUUGGAUAAAAGCAAUAAGAAGCAAAAAAGAAAGAAAAAUAAAAAAGGGAAAAAUAUUAAAGUCUUAAUUUAAGUAAAAUCAAAAAAUAAAAUAGUAGCUUUCUUAUACAAACCCCUAAAAAUUGUCAAGUUAGUGAUGCUAAAGAAAGCUAAUUUGCCAAAUAACAUAAAAUAAACUAAAAUAAUGAGUUUUAUCUACUAAAUUAACAAAAAAGCGAAACAGAUAGCUUAACAGAGUCUAAUUGCAGUCCACUAUCAUCAAGUAGUAAAUAAAAAAAGCUUUAAAAUAUCAAAUUUUAAUUUUAAGAUAAAUUCAAAGAAGACACUAUUUACAAGUAAGAUAUUGAUACAUUUGCAGGAUUUAUUAAGCGCCAGGAUUCUAUUUUUAACCCUGAUUUUGAUUUCCUCGAAAAUAAAAGUGUAAAAAAUUAAAACUGUUAAAACAUUAGUGAUAAUCCUUUAGAAUUUUCUAACGGAUUAGAGGUAAGUGGUAAAAAAAUUACAGACUUAACUAAAAUUAAUAAAGCUCACAGAAUUUUAUAUUAGCAUAUACAUGCUUCAACUAAAUAGAGCCCAUCUUAAAAAGUUGAUUUCUAAUCUGGCCCUUACCAGUCAUAAAAAGAAACUGAUAGAUAAAGUUUUAACAAUAUAGAAGUAUCUCUUCAAUUUGAAAAAAUCAACUAUUCACCUCCUCCCUUGUUCAACCAAAAAUAAGAAUUAAAUAAUAAAUCCUUUACAGAUAAGUAAUAAAAAAGCUCUAAAAAAAAAAUAGUAUACUCUUACAGUAUGAAUAAUUCUCCAAAACUCUCUGAUUCUCAUCUCUCUUAGCCAUCUAAAGCUUAAAUUAAUUUAAAUAGUAUAGUAUUUUAAAACUCUAAAUAACAGAAUUUAAAUAUUGAUCAUUAAUCUAAAAUUUAGUUGAAUUAAGAUAAAAUCAAAUUCAUUAAAAACUAUUUUAAAUUUUAAUCAAGUAUAAAAUCUUAAGAAUAAGUUAAUUAACUAACUGAGAGUUGCAAAAUGUAAACCAAAAAGUAAAAUAAAGACUAAAUACUUGAUAGUUCAUAAAUAUUUUCUCAGACAAGACAUUUUCCAUUAACCUCAGAAAAUAAAAAAAUUAGAAUUAAAAGUUUAAGCCAAGCUGGAUCAAGAAAUAGUAUACUUAAAACAGCCUAAGAAGGCAUAAAGAACUAGAGUGAUUUAACGAGGGAAUGUAUCAAUCGUCCUGCUAUAAUCGUUCCUAAUUCAAUCCCUCUAUAGAGUCCUUUAAGUAGCGUUUUUUCUACUUAAUUAAGUUUAUCUUCCCUUCAAUAACUUAAAUAAAAGGUAUAUUAAUAAAAACCUCUAGAUAUAGAAAAGUAUGCUUUUUACCAGGCUUCUUAAAAAGUACCUUUCUUUAUAAAAAGUUAAUAGUCUUCUAGAAAAUAUAAUAAAAAUUAGUCUUAAUAUUUAUCUAAGCAAACCAAUGACCUAAUUUUGUAAACUGAUAUUAAAUGA